GGCGGGAAGAGCCGAUACUAGUUUGCCGAUUUGAAAUCGGUGAUUUGGAAUCGGGAAAUUGUACGAAUCUGGUCCCCUUUUUAGUUAUUUUUGUACCAUUAAUAAACUCCAAUUGUCAUGGUGCCAAUAAAGCUAACCUUCUUUUUUUUUUGGCUGGACUCUUUGUGGUUUCAUUGGUUAUUGGUUCCGUAAAUCUGUGGGCCUGGCCAGAUAUUCGAACCCAAUAUGCAAGCACUUUUUAAAUAUAUAUAACUUUCUUUACCGAUAGCUUUUGAAUUAACAUAGAUACCAACUUAAUUUUUAUACGUUGCAAUGACUGUUUUAGAACCACACCUUAGAUUUAGAGACUUCAUUGAAACUCUUAGACUUGAAAAUGAUUUGGUUGAAAUCUCCCAAGAAAUUGACCCUAAUCUUGAAGCUGGUGCCAUUAUGAGGAAGGCACUUGAAUCAAAAGCUCCAGUUCCGUUUUUCAAAAAUUUGAAAAAGGACCCGAAGAAUCCAGAUCCUAAAAACUUGUUUAAUAUGAUUGGUAAUCUCGGAUGCUUGCGUAAUGAAAAAUCUCAAGAUCAUGCUAGAAUUGCUCAUCAUAUCGGCUUACCAGCUACAACUCCUAUGAAUGAAAUCAUCGAUUUCUUAUUAGAUUGUAAGCAAAAAAAGUUGGUUCCUCCAACCAAAGUUUCAAAUGCUCCUUUCCAUAAAAAUAGAUUGACUGGUUCUGAUAUUAAGUUAAACUCUUUACCAGCCCCAAUUUUACAUCCAGGAGAUGGUGGGAAAUAUAUCCAGACUUAUGGGAUGUUCAUAUUACAAACUCCAGAUAAAAAAUGGACUAACUGGUCAAUUGCGAGAGCAAUGAUCCAUGACGACAAACAUUUGACUGGUUUGGUUAUUAAUCCUCAACAUAUUAGAAAAGUUGCUAAUGAAUGGGCCAAAAUCGGUAAAGGUGAUUCUAUUCCUUACGUAUUGGCGUUUGGGGUCCCUCCUGCUGCAAUUUUGGUUUCUUCAAUGCCUAUUCCUGAAGGUGCUACGGAAUCAGAGUAUAUAGGUGCAAUUUGUGGUGAACCAUUACCGGUUGUCAAAGCUGAAUUAAGUGAUCUUGAAAUUCCUGCUGAAUCUGAAUUGGUCUUUGAAGGGGUUCUUAAUAUCAAUAACUUGGUUAAUGAGGGCCCUUUUGGUGAAAUGCAUGGUUAUGUUUUCCCAGGUACUGGUCAUCCUUGUCCUUUAUAUACCGUAGAUGUCAUAAAUUAUAGAGAUGAUGCUAUUUUACCUGUUUCCAAUCCGGGAUUGUGCACAGACGAAACCCAUACCCUUAUUGGUGGAUUAGUCAGUGCUGAAUUGAAAAAUUUAGCUUUAAACCAUCCUAUUUUAAGUAAAAUCGUCAUGGAUGUCUUUACUCCCUACGAAGCUCAAGCUUUAUGGGCUGCUUUCAAAAUCAAUACUAAAGAAUUGGUGAAAUUGAACACCACCAGUGUCGAAUUAAGAAAGCUUUUCGGAGACUUGUAUUUCGAAACCAAAAUAGCUUCAAUUAUCCACGAAAUUGUUUUAGUAGGUGACGAUAUCGAUAUCUUUGAUUUCCGUAAAUUCUUUUGGGCCUAUGUUACCAGACAUACUCCUGAUGAUGACCAGACUUUCUUCCACGAAGUUCCAGCCUUCCCCUUGGCUCCAUUCAUUUCCAAUGGUCCUAGAAUAAAAAGUAAGAAAGGGGGGAAAGUAGUUACUGAUUGCUUACUCCCAAAGCAAUAUCAAGACCCGGACUUUUCUUUCACGACUUGUGACUAUUCCAGUUACGAGGUAAAACUCCAGCAAAAAAUCAAUGACAACUGGAGUGCCUAUGGAUUUAAGAGUUAGUAUACAUAAAUAGUUUAAUUCCUAG